UUUAACACUGUAGAAUAGACAAAUCGCAAACAAACAGUUGCUGUUAGAUAUAAUUUCAUCAUUCACUAAAAAGGCAGAUCUGUGUAGUUUUUUUUAUAAAACAUGGAUAAUCAUAAUGAUAUACAAUCAUUGACUCACAACUCAUGCCAACUGUAUCAUUAUCUUUCUGAUAAGUUUGGAUCUAAGACGAUCGUAAAUUGUAGACGAUACACAUACAAAUGCUUUGAUGAUUGUAUGCAGAAUGCAGAUAUCAGAUUAAUCACCAGUGGCAGUAAGGCAGAGGGCCUUGACCUCCCUGGUAGUGACCUAGAUCUGAUGCUUCUUUCUAAUGAAAUUGUAGUCUAUGAAAAUGUGCCAGAUGGGGACAAGGAUCCGUUUCUCCUUCAUACCGAAAAUGCUUCGAUAGGAUUCGCUUUGAUAAAGGUUCCGAAAGGAUUUUCAAACUGCAUAAACGUAACAAACACUUUUAAUGGCUUUCUCUUGACAAAUAAGUAUAUAAAGGAACAAUGCGCACGUGAGGUUGAAGAAGAUGAAUAUCUAAUGCGCAUUUGGCGUAAUGUUUUGAAAAUUCAAGGCCCCAGUGUAUCAGUUUCAUUUCGAGGAAUAGUGGAAGCUGAUUUUGUUCUAUGCUAUCCUUGUCAUGAAUGGCCUUCCGUUGCAAAAAAAUGGAUAGUCCGAAGUAGAAUUUCUAAUUGGCCAUCAGAAAAUUUGAUUACAGCGUCAAUCAAUGAAGGCGUACUAUUAGUACCUGUUGGAAGUAAAUCAAAUGCUAAUAUUGAGAACUGCUUCGAAUGGCGACUUUCGUUUUCACUGGUUGAAAAAUUAUUAAUUCAUUCGUUCAACCAUUGUCAGCUGUUAUGCUAUACCUUGUUGAAAAUUGUAAUGAAAGAAAUAAUUGACAGUGUACAUAUUUUUCACAAAGUAUUGUGUUCAUAUUUUAUUAAAACGGUUCUAUUUUGGGUCAUAGAAGAACUUAGUCUCUCUUAUUGGAGACCAGAAAACUUGAUGCGUUGUUUUUCAUUUUGCAUUCAAAGACUGCAAUACUUUAUAACGUGUAAUUAUAUUCCAAAUUAUUUUAUACCUGAACAUAACUUAAUCGAGGGAAGAUUUCCAGAAGGAGUUCGAACACAACUUGAGGUUUUUAUUGGAAAAAUUCAUAAAGGUGGCAUCUUAAUAUUAACUUCCUCAUCAAAGUCACUUUCUGGAUUACUACGUACUUCUAUCUUAGGCGACAUUUCGAAUCCAUGUCAAAGUUUGUCUGGUUUCGAUAAAAAUUUUAUGACACAAAGCAUCAUCGAUAUUACGCACCUUGCAUUUAUUAUAGAUAGAUCGCUGAAUUUCUUCCUCUCCAGAAUUCGGAAUGAGAAGUUUCCAACAUCACUAAAAAAUACAUACGCCAUUGCGUUUCUAGACUACAGUAGAAGUAAAGCUUUGUCUAUCAACAUGCUUCCAGGCGUUUCUGUUUCAAACUGCAAUAAAAACAAGCAUUACUACUCAAAAUAUCAACAAUGCUUAUUCCAUUUAUUGUUAAGUAGACAAAGCGAUGCCGUAUCAGGCUGGUUACUGCUCGCGGUAUUUUUCUACUCUUCUGAGGAAUAUCGUAAGAUGGUUAAUGUUCUUCAAAUCUCAAAGGAGUUUUUUUCUCGGGAUUUAAUUCAUUUGACUUGGUGGAACUUACCUACACUUGAUGAAAGUCGGUCUAAGAAAAUGAUAAUUCGAAGUAAGUUUUUUCUCAAACGUUUGAGAACUUCAUUCUCAAAAUCUGUUGCGAUAUCUAAGAACAAUAAGAACGAGAAUGGUUUUGUGUUUCAUAAAGAUUUAACAAUUACCAAUGAGGAUUUUUGCAUUGGAAGUCCAAUAGUGUAUCAUCAUUACCUUACUUUUUUAUAUGCUUAUAGAAUAGAUAAUACUCGGGGAAUCACCAUUGCUCUCCAGUUAUUGAAAGAAGUUGUGGAAAACUCAAUCGAUUCAGAUAUAUUGACCAUUUUAGCAGACUAUUUUUGUUUAUUCAAAGCACAACAACUUGUCGGUAGUAACGAAAACUAUAGCACUUAUCAGAGAAUGCUUCCGAUCUUGUCCUCUUCUGAUACUAAACACAUUUUCUCGACAUUAAAUAAAAUGUUUUGAGAAAGGGAAGUGAUUGGAUAUGAAUGAAAAGCAAUAUUUUAUAGACUGAUGAACCGAUGCAUUAUUCAAAUAUCAUUUUUAUUUGAAAUGAAAGGAAUGCGGAAUAUCCAAAACCAACCAAAACAUAUGUUCCGAUAAACGAAUGAUAGUAUCAAAAACGUACACAUUAACAUGCUUAGUCUGUAAAGGAAAAUACAAAUGCAUCAGCAUUUAAUUCUAGAAUAAACAAUGCCUUUUUACACCUGUGUGAAUUUUUUUUUCUCCUUAAAUAAAAAAUCUGUCAAAAUC